CAGAACAAAGAGGGAUUGCGCGCUCUUAAAAUCCGUGGAGGAAAGUCUUUGUCCAGGAAAGAUACGUAAAUGCCACGACUGGAUCGGGAAUAAAAGGCCGGCUGACCCACCCAGGCACGAGGACCGUGGAAGGCGCUUCCCACCUCACAAUGGCCAUCAAUUGCUUCGAAGCUCCCGUUAUUCAGGCUCUUUUGGGCGAAGUGAAAGAUGAAUACUCGGAUCAAGAGUCUUUAAGCCCACAAUUGCUGUUACGUUUGGCCAGUUUCUUCACCUACCCUUUGUUGAGCUCGACCUUGGACAUGUUGGACACUUUGGCCAUUCGCAGACGGGUGGCCGCCAAUCACCCUGAUGAGCUACUUUUUGGGCGGCGCUCUAGGAUUGUCCGGGUUACACCCAGAUCAGCCAAUGAUGGACGGGAUUCGCAUCCAUUUUUGUGGCAAGUUUGGAGCACCUCAGGCUUAUCUUAUGUGAUUUAUCCGGGCACGAAUUACUGUCCCUGUGAGUCUUGGCAGUAUCUAGUCUGGCGAAAGGGUCUCUACGUCACGUGUAAGCACGUCUUGGGCGUAGCCAUGGGCUUAGCUAUGAACUUGAUUGAAGAGAGAGAGGUGGACUCUGUUGAUUUUGUCAUGCUUUCGUCGUUGGGUGAAUAGGGAUUGAGGUCAAUUUCGGUAUACAUGUAGUUGAUUUUUAAAUAAAGUUUAUUUUUUAACUUAA